CGCCGCCACCGCCCGAACCAUGGUCCGCGCUCCACUCGGGCUCUCUUAGCAGCAGCCGCCGCCGCCGCCGCCGCCCUGUGAUCGCUGGCUUCACUUCCUCCUUUUCUUCUUGCUGAGCCACUUUCCUCCUAGAGCUAUGACCGUCGUCUCCGUCCCGCAGCGGGAGCCACUUGUCCUGGGCGGCCGCCUUGCGCCCCUGGGCUUUUCCGCCCGCGGUUACUUCGGGGCCCUCCCGAUGGUGACCACGGCCCCGCCGCCUUUACCCCGAAUCCCGGAUCCCCGGGCACUGCCCCCCACCCUUUUCCUCCCUCACUUCCUAGGGGGAGACGGUCCCUGUCUGACCCCGCAGCCUCGCGCCCCUGCACCUCUGUCCAACUGUAGUCUAGCUACGGCGGGAGGCACCCCUCGGGCAGCGCCAAAGAAGCGGCGAAAGAAGAGGGUGCGGGCCAGCCCGGCAGGGCAGCUCCCCAGCCGCUUCCAUCAGUACCAGCAGCACCGGCCGAGCCUCGAGGGCGGGCGGAGCCCCGCGACGGGCCCGAGCGGAGCGCAGGAAGUCCCGGACCAGGCGGCCAAUUUGGCCCCGGGUCCUGCGGCCGCAACCCAAACUGAGGAAGCGAGCCCUUUCUCUGGCCAGCUGCCGCCAGCGGCGCCGGGCCAACCCUCGUUCAGAAGAGAGAGACUUGCCGUCUACUGUCUCAAUAAGAAAUGA